AUGUUUUUACAAUCUCGCUAUUUUUUCAGUCGUUUAGCAACAUCGACUAUUCAUUCACGAUGCUUUGCUAGUACGCUUGUAAUUGCUGAACAAAUUGAUGGUGGUAAACUUGCACCAGUUACCUUAAAUGCAUUAACUGCUGCUAGUCAAUUAAAACAAGAUAUUGAUUGUGUUAUUUUCGGUGCUGACAAAACAGCUGAAACUACUACUCAAUUACAAAAAUUUAAUAAUUCAAAUAUUAAAAAAAUUUUUGUUGCUGAAAAUGUUGCAUUCAAAGGUUUACUUAGCGAAGCUGUGACGCCAGUAUUACUUGAUUUACAAAAGAAAAAUAAUUAUACACACAUUUUUGGUGGUUCAUCAACAUUUACUAAGAGUAUUUUGCCACGUUUAGCUGCUUUACUUGAUGUUCAACCGAUAUCUGAUAUAACAAAAGUUGUUGAUAAAGAUCAAUAUAUACGUUUUAUUUAUGCUGGCAAUGUUGUACUUAAACUUAAAUCAAAUGACACAGUCAAAAUCAUUACUGUACGCAGCACAGCAUUUGAAGCGGCGAAAGAAGGUGGCGGCAGUGGACAAGCCAACGUGGAAAAACUUGAUUCAUCAGUAAAAAAUGAUCUAUCAGAAUUUGUUGAACGACAAGUUCAACAAUCAGAACGACCAGAAUUACCUAGUGCCCGUAUUAUAUUUUCCGGAGGUCGUGCACUUAAAAGCAAAGAAAACUUCAAAUUACUCUAUGAUUUAGCUGAUCUUUUUCCUGGUCAAGCAACUGUUGGUGCUUCACGAGCAGCUGUUGAUGCUGGCUAUUGUACAAAUGAUUUACAAAUUGGUCAAACAGGCAAAAUUGUUGCACCAGAUCUUUAUGUUGCUAUUGGUAUAUCAGGUGCCAUUCAACAUAUUGCUGGUAUGAAAGAUAGUAAAGUUAUUGUUGCUAUCAAUAAAGAUGGAGACGCGCCAAUAUUUGCUAUAGCUGAUUAUGGACUUGUUGGUGAUUUAUUUAAAGUUAUACCUGAACUCAAUGAAAAACUUAAGAAAAAAUAG